GCCUGCGUACCCUUGCUGUGAAUGUAAUGCACUGAAGCCCAGACACUAUAAACACAUGCCGGGCACAUAGUGUGCGGUGCCGCAGAGCCGCCAUGAACGGCUUCCCCUCCGAGGACUUAACCCGGGACAGCGGGGGGGAGGUGACCUCCCCUACGGCCGCAGCUGCCCCCCCGGUCCCGUCCGUGGCUCUGGGUCCCCUGAACGGGCAGCUGUGCUGUCUGCGGGAGGAAGGCGAGAGGUGCACCCGGCCUGCGGGCAAUGCCAGCUUCAGCAAGAGGAUCCAGAAGAGCAUUUCCCAGAAGAAAGUCAAGAUCGACCUGGACAAAACAGCAAGACACCUUUAUAUUUGUGACUUCCACAAGAACUUAAUCCAGAGUGUGAGAAACAGACGGAAAAGAAAGGGUAGUGAUGAUGACGAUGCGGACUCCCCGGUUCACGACGCCGAUACCCCAGAGGUGGACCUAUUCCAGUUGCAAGUAAACACGUUGAGAAGAUAUAAGAGACAUUUCAAACUUCAAGCAAGGCCUGGUUUGAAUAAAGCACAGCUUGUUGAAAUCAUUGGUGGUCAUUUCAGAACUCUUCCAGUGAAUGAGAAGGACACACUUACAUAUUUCAUCUGCUCAGUCAAGAAUGAAAAAAACAAAAUGGAUCACAAGUCUGACGGAGGACUCCAUUAGGCAAAACGCAUUUGUGUUUUAUGGACAUUGGCAGCAGUUGGAGAUCUCUGCAAGCCUCGGAAAAGAAGGACACUUGUAAAUAAAGUUCAGUGGGAUAUUUACGUUGUGCAUGGCAUUGACUAGUCUGACAAAAUUGUCACUUGACGCAGCAAUAACUCAGCAUCUAUAAUACUUUAUUUGCUCUGUUCCUUAAAGAAAUGCAGGGCAUGGUUGCAAAUUCUUUUUGUUCAAAAUUGCAUCUAAAAUGAAAAAUGAAGCAGCUUUGCAAAAAGUCUUUUAGGUUUGUGUCAACAGCUCCUAUUCUGACCUAUACGUCUCCAUGUAACAGAAUCCAAACCCUGUGUCGUCUGAUCCUGCAUUCAUACUUCUAUCUGUCCUCUCUGUGCCAUACAGGGGCGGAUUGGCCAUAGACCCUACAGGGAAAUUUCCAGGUGGGCCGAUGCCCAAGCUCUCCUCAUGGCCGCAGGUCUGGUACAUAACGAUCUGAAGGUCAAUGGCCGCAAACUCAACUGUAUUACCAUCCUCAGGACAGUGAUACAUUUAAGGGCGGCAGUAUCUGGUUCUGCUGGUGCGGUACUUUGUGCUGCACAAUGGUAUUGCAGGCCCUGUCUACUUCUGUUGGCCUUGUCUACUUAUGUUGCCCAGUCUUCUAUCAAUUUAGUCCCGCUUAAGAACAUGGGGCCACUUUUAUUUAUUUUUUUCCAAGGCCACUUUAAGUUCCCAAUCCGCCAUAUGUUGGAUAGGUUAACAGAUAGCAGGGAGUAUGACUGCAGGUAUAGCCUACACAGACUUUGUAGUCUGGAGACACAUCGCUCUGAAUAGAUGGAAGGUUUUUAACUAAGGACCCUAUUAGACUACUUGGGCAGGACAAGGGCUGAUGGAUGAUAAACACAUCCAUUGGCACUCAUUUGCAUCAGAUCAGUGCAUUCCGAUGAAAGACGCUAAUCAGCCAAGAAACGAGCGUGAUCAUAGUUACAUGGUUAAUACGGUUGAAAAAAGACAUAAGUCCAUCAACCAAUGGAACGGUGGGGACGUGAAUCCCAGAAGGAAGUGAUCAUACAGGCCAGUUAUUGGGGACGAGCAUGCUUAUGAUAAUUGCCCCAAAAAUCGUUUGGCCUAAUAGGGCCUUAAAGAGUUAUUCUGGUUAUCCACAGGUUAGGGGACAACUAUCAGAUUGGUGGGGGUCCUACCGCUGGGACCCCCACGAGAACUGGUGCCUCAUACCCCAUGGAGCCCCCCUGAAAUGGACAGUGUCAGAGGUGGCAGUUCUGCACUGUGGUUAGGGGGUAACGUUCUUUAACUGGAAUACCCCUUUAACACCAUUUGAAAAGUUGCUUACUUUCUCAUUUUGAGCAAAAUUAGAAGAAUACAAACAUGCCUGCAAAUGUCAACCCAGCCUUUAACUCAUUUUUAUAUAGCAUCCCUUUAAUAUAUUUUAUAAAGCGCCACCACAAUGCCUGCUAUUGCUUUAUUACCCAGUGUGGCUGCACUUUAAGGUGCAAAAAUUCCUAAAAAGAUUCUGUAAUUCUGAAUUCUAUACCUUAAUUUAUUUCUGCAGAUUGACAUUGAAGUAUUUGCUACUGAGGAGAGACUGGUGUAAUAACUGUGUUCAACAAGUCGCAACUAAAUGAGCUUUCAAUAGUUUAGAGUUAUGUUUGUCAUAUAGCAUGUGGUAAUGCUAUAGGUUGCACAGACCCCUCCUAUUAUAUAUAGCCUUUAGAAGUUGCACUUUUCUGGGGAUUUUAGUCCUAUAAAUGUUGUUGGCAUGUACUGGUUGAUGUUGGUGACUUAAGUCUCUGGAUCACCCUGAAUGUAUAAUAUUGUGAUGGCUUUAAUAAAAAUAUAAAUUAAGUGCU